AUGGACUUUGUCGACUUUGACACCCUAAACCUCUCAGAUGACCUUCCCCAGCCCCAACGAGCACUCUCGCUCCCCAUAGCAACCAACAUCGAGACUUUCGGAAGAAAAUUCUACAAUCUCAACAGUCUUACUCGAAAUCUUCUUAAACGUGACAACAACACCGACACUGAAAAAUCAGAAAAUCAGCCCCAAGUCGCUGAAAAAUACGCAAAUCUCUCACUUCUGUUGAUAGAAGACACCAAAAAUGCCGACAAUGACCAUCAAGAACCACAUAGUGACAUAAAAAUUAGUGCUUUAUCGGCUCGACUCUCUCGAGUGUUGAACAAUCCCCUUUCAGAUUCCCAAAUUCGUCAAAUAUUUGGGUCUCUUGAGGACACCCUAAGGUCCUGGGACAGCAUUUUAGAGCCAGGAGCGUUGGGAUCGAUGCUGAGACGAAAAUUGCGUGGAGAAAUUGAACGUACUUUGAUUCGAAACCAGACCCAAACUCUCAAAGAAUACCAGCCGGUAAUCAAAAACCUCCGUAAACUCGAGGAAAACGUAGACGCAUUAAGGUCGGCGAGUAUGGGCGUGGUGGACAGCGUCAAUAAUGAUUUUGAAUCGAGUGAAAUUUUCAAUUCGAAGAUGGAGAAUUUGCACAGAAAGAAAACGGCCGUGGUGGUCAAGAAACAAUUACUCUCCGCCUUUAGAGCCAAAUUCACCCUCAACGAGUACGAGGAAUACACACUUGAAAACGGCGACAUCAGCGACGAAUUUUUCACUGUGUUAGCAAAGGCUGAACAAGUCGACCAAAACUGCUCCAUUUUAUUGUCGAUCGACAACUCGCAAUUGGGCGUCAAGACAAUGGCUAGAGUCAACCGGCUUGUGACCAGGGCGUCCGAGAAGGUGGUGGCAUAUGCCAACAGAACUCUUGGAAAUUUAUACGCUCUCAACAAUCGAGAUAGAGUUCGAACUUUGCACCAGUGUUUUGUCUACCUCCGCCAUAGACCCCAUUACCUCAAUUCUGUGUUGGCUACAUUUGUGGGUUCAAGAUCAAAAACCUUGGUAGACGAGUUUCUCGGCCAGGCAAAUAGCCGGGUAGCAGGUUCGUCACCUCAAUCAGAAGAGUACCAAGAUCCCGUCAGAGUUAUAGGCGAUCUUUUGGCGUAUAUUCAUUCAGUUGUCGUUAGCGAGAGUGAGACGAUACUGGGGAUUUUUUCGUUUGAAAAUGACCUGGUUGACGAGACCAGCAGAAAGGAAUUUGGUGAAAUUAUGAACGAUUGUGUAGCCAAAGUGUUACAAUCGUUAGCCAAACCGGUCCGGGCAAAACUUGAACAAAUUAUUAGUCGAGAGGUGAGAAUCCUGGUACUUUUUUCCAUCCACCACUUGGCGGAAUUGUACUAUAUAAUGUUCUCGAAGCAAAUUAAACAGGACCAUAUGGGGCUUGUUGCGACCAUUGAGUCGCUUGUGGAGUCUGCCGAGUUGCGAAUAGUCACUACCGUUGAAAACAAACUCACAACUAUCCGAAACUCCAAUCUGGCUCAAUUGCAAUUGAAUAUCGAUUUGCAGCCACCAGAAUGGAUUAUCGAUUUUUACUCUGAAAUUUUACCUAUGCUCGACCAAACCCACACUGAAUCGAUAUUCAAAGACAACAGUUUGGUCAAUAUGGUGGUUGACCAGCCAAUUCAAAUUUACGAGCAACAUAUGGAAAACAGUCAAGUGAAAAAUUUUGAAAAAAGAGACAAAUACAUCCUCCAGCUCAACUGCUUGGACUUGAUACUCUCCAAAAUCAUGCCAAUUUCGGUUCUUACCGAUAAGGUGAUUCUUGUCAACGAGAAGAUCAAAGAAGUCAGCGAUAAGCUUGUGGAAACCCAAGUUUCGAGUUUGCUCGAGGAAAGUGGUUUGACUGACUUUUACAACAUUGUCAACAUGAUAUGUCCCAUUAAUGACGAUUUCUUCGACGUCUCUAUAUACGAGCCUAUCACGGAGAACAAGCUCUUCACCGAAGACAACAUUCGUCAAGUCAACCUGAAAAUUCAGGCUUUUCUCCCCACGGCAUUGCUUGACAUCCAGCAGUCGCUCUUCAAGAUCAAUUCCCCAUUAGUGGUCAAUGAGAUUAUUACUGAGUCUGCAAUCAAGUACUCGCGGUUCUAUGGUCGGUUCCAGUUGAUAUGCGACGAGUAUUUGAAGGUGCCGUUGCUCGCCUGGUCAGAUGGAGAAGUAGCCACUUUGUUGGGUGUUGAAGAUGCCUAUUUUGACGAGCAAUAA